UCACUCUGCAUUUCUCCGCGUAGUUAGUUGUUUAAGAAUGUCUUAGUUGGAUACUAUAUGAUUGUGGUGUCGUAGGCGUCGUCGUCGAUGCCGUGAUGCGUCGCAGUCCUGAUUGACGGCAACAGGGUCAGUUGUAGCUUUAGCGUCGAAGCCGCUGUGUGUCAUGAUGCCGCUGCUUAUGUGACGAGGCCCGCGGGGGUUGCCGUUGGUGCUUGGGUUCCUUCGUUCCCUUUGUGGCGAGCGCUACUCCAUUAACUUGACGCCUGGUUACUUGAUGAGUCGUGGUUUUUUAUUCUCGGGACCGACGGGUGUGAUGCGGCAUGGUUUUGGCUGUAGCGAGGAUGUUGAGAUGGUCGUCGGGUGUGCCGCGCUUGUUUGUCGGUGUGGAACAGGGUGGGGCGGCGGUGAUGCUCGCUUGCUUGGGUUGUCAGGUGGUCGGUGGCAUUGAUUAGCAUUCGAAAUUUGCUCUCGAGAUGUCUGGGUGUUGAGGAAUUUGGUGAUAACCGCGAAUUGUUUUGUAGAAGAAUCGCCGUUCAUUCUAUGGACGAGUUUUAGCGUCCGCCAGUUUUCUGUGUACGGAAGGGUUGCGGGGUCGGGAGCUUUCGGGCUCGGUGAUUUUGAGUAAUCUGGUACUGUGAUUAGUAGGGGAUUUCUAGAUUCGAGUGUGUCGAGCUUACAUUGCCCUACCUUCCUGCGUAGAUGUAUUCAUUGUGACAAAGCUCAUGAAGUUAAGUUGGAGUUUUACAGAAACUUCUUCGUGUUAGUGUAUUAUUAUUAUUAUUAUCAUUGUUAUUCUUAGGCGAUGGACGAGUCUUUGGAGAAUGCUGGAAAUCCGUCUGUGUGGGAUCGUGGACGGAUGGUUGCACAGUAUUUGUUGGGGUGGCCAUUUAUGUGCCAUGCAGGAUCGGUGCUUCUGGUUGCUUGGAUAGCCUCCUACCUGCACCUUAGCGUUGGUCUUGUUUGCAUUCUAGGCUUCCUUUAUCUCUUUCAGAUUGAGAGCCGACAGCGGGCGAAAUUAUUAUGGAAGGUACAUCACGAAGAGGAAAAUAAAGCAAGAAAAAUGAGGAUUUCUGAAGGAGAAACUGUGCGAUGGAUGAAUAAAGCUUUAGAAACCAUUUGGCCCAUGUUCUUGGGAGAGUUCUCUUCUAAACACCUUAAGAUUCCUCUCUCCUCGUUCCUGGACCGGUUCAAGCCCUGGAGUAUGAAAAAAAUAUCUGUUUCAGACAUCUUUCUUGGGAAGAGUCCGCCGAUUGUAACAAUGAUCCGCAUGUUGGACGAUCCUGUGGAUGGUGAUCACUUGGCAGUGGAAGCGUCUAUCGAGUGGAUGGCAGCCAAAGACAUGGCUGCUGUCGUGGAUGUGCAAUUUCUACGUCGCAUUAGCUUCGGAAUUCGAACUACUGUGCACAUCUGCAAUCUAUGUCUUAAGGGCAAGGUGAAAGCAGGGAUUAAGUUCAAAAAUGGAUGGCCAGUGAUUGAACGACUACGAGUUUGUUUUGCGACGGCACCUCAUGUACAGAUGACCAUCCAUCCUCUGUAUAAUAAUGGGGUUGAUGUAUCUGAGCUUCCGGGAAUUGCACAAUGGAUGGAUCGUCUAAUGGCAGAUAUUUUCGCCCGGUCUUUGGUAGAGAAUGCAGAGACAAAAAUUUCGUGGAAUUUGUUUCAACAGCCGAACAUGAUAGAAAUUGACGUGGAAAAGCUCAUGAAAGAUGUAAUGAUACCCCUAGAUCCCAUUCCAGUGCCAAGAGGUGCCUUUUGGACCAUGCAUGUGGGUGCGCCAGUGGCGGAUGUCAUUGUGGAAGUUCUUGAAGCUACUGAUCUACGAAUAGGGUAUGUUAAUGGGUACCCCGAUCCUUAUGUAAAAGUUACAGUCGGACAUCAGACGAAAACAACCAAGGUGCAACCCAAAACAUUGCAUCCAAAAUGGAACGAAACCCUCAAGUUUUCUAUUGCAACCUUGGAACAACUCGACAAAAUACUUAUCAAUGUGCGUGAUAAAGAUCAUUUUUAUGAUGAACGGCUUGGUUCCUGUACAGUGAAUUUAAAUAGUUACCGAGAUGGAAUCCGACGUGAUAUUUGGUGCGAACUUGAAGACAUAAAAACUGGUAAAAUUCACCUAGCCAUUACGGUUGUCGCCAAGCAGGCUUCCUCUCUCAGUUCUGAGGAUACCUCGAGCUACAACUCUACAACUUUUGAGACGAUUGAUCAAACAAUCAGCCGAGAAUUUGAUCCAUCUCUUUCUGAAGGUUUGCCAUUAUCUGCAGCACCAUCCCCUAAGACUCAUGUCUCAACACGUCAGAAGUUGAAGGCCUUAAGAUUAAGAGAACCUUUCUUAAGCAAAACUUCACCAACUUCACCAGUGAAGGAUCCCAACUUAAAUAGUGGACGUCAGAGAUCUGUAAUUAUCGAUAGUCCCGAGUCCAGGAGGAGGCUUGAGUCGCCUCGGAUUGCAUCUGGCAGAGAAAUCUUUUUUAUUCCUGGUGAUGAUUCAUCAGAUCUGUUUACUUCUGAUGAUGUUUCCAGAUUUGCAUCAGUACAUUCUACAACGAAAAUAGAAGCAGAAGCCAUAAACCAAUCUAGUGAUGAACCAAUGGCAAUUGAGCUACAUGUAGGCGUUGGGGAAUCUGGCGCUGUAAAAAUCCGCAGGUUUGGGGAUGCAAAUCCCCCAACUAGCCCCGAACCGCAGGUUGUCGGGUCAACACGGUCUCAGAGUGUGUCUAAAAGUUUUAACAACAUUGAGGAAGAAGGAAGUGCUACCCGGAAGAUUCGAAGCGCUGGAAUUAAACUGCACAGCAAGUAUCACAGGGCGAAACAAGGAUUUAAAAGGGCUUCAGUACCUUCGCCAGUAAGGGACAGAAGUCAGGAAUUGCAAAAUCGCAGGGGGUUUAGUAGCAGUAAUGGAUUGACCGUAGAUACAUUAGGUGGGCAGGCCGCAAAUAAUUCUCCUACUAAUACACUGUUAGGGCAGAAUGACUCAACUAAGACCUCAUUGACUCCGGAAGUGUGUGGUGGAGCAAUGGAUGUUCGUGCUAUUGGGGAUCUUGAACCAGAUAAAGAACACAUGCGAAACAGAGCAAAGGGCAUACUCAAGGCUGCGGGGCGUUUCGGCAAGAGAUUGAAUCAUCGGAAAACCUCGCUAAGCUCAGAUGAGCUUUCUAGUUCUGGUGAACUGACGCCCAUAGGAGGCGAAAGGAUUGAGGUUUCUCUGUCAGGACCAAGUACUGAUCUCCAUAUGCAACAACAGGUAGCUUCUCCUAGCAACCGAUUAGUGUCUUCUCUCCCUGCUUCGAUUUCCUCGACGCCACCCCAGAGACCACCUCCAGGACUGCCACAACCCGUCACUCCAAGUUUCGAUACAAGUGAGUAGAAUUUUUCUUCAUUAGCUCUGGAGCCUGCCCCAAUUUACGCUACGGAUAAUCAAUAGAGUUUUCCUACAGGAGGACAAAGGUUUUCUAUUUUAUUUCAUUUUUGCCUUGAAGGACUAACAAAGCCUGCCUCUUUGGUGUGAGCGAACUAUUUGGUUUCGCAUUCUGGAGCUAGCAAAAUGUUUAGAACUGAACUCUGUUCCAUAGUGACUACCUUACGUAAAUUCUAGCUCUGUUUGCAAAUCGUUAGUGCAAUGCCUAUUGUGAAGAUUCUAUAUUCUUUUUCAGAACAUUUGUCACUGCACUAACUGAAGUGCUGAAAUGAUUUUUAAUGUAAUUUAUAGAAUUGCAGAAGACUGCCAUCUGGAUUUAGAGUACGGUAAAAUAAAUUUGCAGAUUGGAUUUUGUAUGUUUCUAGGUGAAACCAUCCAUAAGUGAGCCUAGUGAGCUGCAAUAUUGCUGAACUCCACUAUAAUGCUACUUGACUGAACAGUUGCUUCUCGGGAGGGUUCCGCGUGGGUGAUAUUUUCGAUGAAAUAUUAGUUUAGAGAAUGUGUGACUUUUAUUAUUUUUGGACUGGCAUGGCUGAGGGCAGUCUUUGUUGUAGGAAAUUGAGGCUUGUUGGGGGCUAGGAUUUGACAUUAUCUAACCAGAUUUGAUGUUUGUGAUAUUGACAAAACUACUGUUUGGUUAGUGGGUGUUGUAGAGAUAAGAAGUGGGCUUAGCACAAUCUUGUGCAAGCCAAUAAGAUCAUAGGAGAGCUUAAUUUGUAUGGAUAGUGGGAGCAUUGCCCUCUCCAAUAUUUUAAUAUAAAAGCUGCUUGAUA